UUAUGGGCGAUGGUGUGCAUUCUGUCUCGCCAGCCAGCAACCAGUAAGAUUAAAUGAUCUAUUGAAUUAGAAAAGAAAAUUCCACAUCAUAAUUUGUAACAGAUAUCUAGUCAUAUAUAGGUUUGCGAGCAUGCUUUGCAGUUAAUGAGUUAUAACAUCAAAAAUCCUUGUUGUGGCUAGCAAACUAGACAUAUUCACCUCCAAUUGGUUUAUCCCUCUCUAGUAUUUAAGCACAGUUGCACGGCCUGGAAGAGCCCUGCGCAGCUCGUGGUUGCUAAGGAGACUCGUCGGGGCAACGGGCGAGAGGAACAGGAUUCCACUUUGGUUCAAGCGGUCAGUCUCGUGUUUAGGUUAGCCUUUGGCCCCAGCGCAUGUUUUCACAGAUGAGGUGAUGAUGGGAGUGCUCGAUUCUCUCUAAGGGCGGGCGAGGUGGCCUACCCUAGUGGGGGACUGCAGGAGACCGAGCCAGUGUGGCGCUCGCAGCCGGACGGACAGACGGACGCACGCUCCCCUCCCUCCCCCUCCCCCUCCCCUUCUCUCUCCCCGUCCCCUCCGCCUCCCCCACCCCCCUCCUCCCCAGCUCUUCGUCGCCUUGCCAUGGUAACGCUCAUCACCGAACAACUGCGGAAACAGAGUCUCAGCGGCCACGCCCACCUCGGGUCCUUCUCUCUUUACCUGCCUCUGCCAGAGCCACCCAGUCCUGGAAUCUGCUGGCCUACAUAUGGAUUGAUGCCAGAGAGUAGCUAUUGGCAGCUGUGCCCUCCUUCCAAGCCCAGCCUCCAGGGGGUGCUAAGUUCCAGCUUCCCCCCCGGGCCGGUCCCCCUGGGCCCCCCCGCGCUGCCCUUCCCCGAGGGGGAUGCCCCGGACCGGGCCCUGGUCCCCAGCACCUCGGCGACGAACCUGUCUCUCCCCGGGGCACCCCCUCCCCCACCGCCGCCCCCCAAACGCCACUGCCGCUCGCUGUCGGUUCCGGAGGACCUGUCCCGGUGCCGCUACACUUGGCGGCCCAGCGCGUCCCGGAUCUGGACCCCGGUGAAGCGCCGAUGCCACAGCGGGGGCGGGGCGGGGGGGUCCUGCCCGCUGCGGGGCGCCCCCCCGAGCUCCUCCCUCAACUCGUCGGGCCAGUCCUCCUCCAGCCCCACCUUCUGCAGCCUGGCGCUCUCCCCGGAGUCCCCCCUCCCCUGGGCCUUCCCCUGGGACCCGCCAGACGUGGGCGCGGUGGGCGGGGGCGGGGGGGGCUGCUGCUGCUUCUUCCCCGCCCCCUCCUCCUCCUCCUGCUCCUCCUCCCCUUCCCCGCUGCGCCCGCCACCGCACCACCCCCACCGGCGCUUCUCGCUGUCGCCCGUGCACAUACGGGAGGCCGCCGCCCACUUCCUGCCCCCGCCGCCGCCCCCCGCGCCGCCGCAGCCCUGGGCCCCGCCCGUGGCAGUGCCGCCGUCGCCGUCCUCAGCCUGCAGCACGCCGUCCUCGCUGCGCCGGGCCACGCCCCUGCAGCUCCCGCGCUGUCACUCGCAACCCUGCGACCUGCUGCUGCGGAAACCGGGCCUGAAGCGCCGUCGCGACCCGGACACCCUGCCCCGCGCGCGGCCCGGCCUCGACUUUAUCAAGAUGACCCAGACCCGCAGUGGGGAGGCCCUGAGCUGGCUGGAGAGGGGCCGUCUGGGCUGCGGGGGAGACGUGUUCAUGGGCCUGGAGCCCUUUUUGGGAGACUUCCGGGGCUCCGUUUCCCCCGCGGAGGGGCUGGGGAGGUCCAGCAUCGGACCCCUGAGCGAGAGUGAGGAGGAGGAGGAAGAGGAGGAGGAGGAUGAUGAAGAAGAGGAGGAAGAACGAGAGUCGAAGAGCGACGGCGAGGGGGCUCAGCAGAGUGUCUUCGAGAGGGAUUGUACAGAACUGGACUUGACCCUCAUAGAGGAGAAUUGAUUAAAAAAAAAGAAUAACUGGGAAUCCUAUUCCCCCAUCCAUUGCCAGCAUUCAGCGACUCCCCCACUGCCCCCCCCCCCACACCCCCUGCCCUGCAGCCCCUACAGGAGUGGCUCUCAGGAACACAGCUGCCCUCCCGGGGGUCCCCAGCAGGGACGCGUCCACAUCAUCAACAUGGAUAAUUAUAAUAAUAAUUACAAUAAACGUCAUCAUAAUAAUAAAAACUAUGAGAAUUAAUUACUGCAGGUAGCCACGGACACAGUCCCGCCAGUGGAUGACAUUCCAGGACCUGAGAUCAGUUGCUAAAAGACCCAUAAGUGUUACAUAACGUGAGCGCGGGACAGCACAGCUGUUCCCACACCGUGGUGGGGGGGUCA